UCAUGUUGGACAAUAUUUUUCCUUGUAGAUUUACACUUUUACAGACGUUUCUCAUCUAGUUUUAGUGAACACGCUGUUUAAACAAGACCUAACUUGUUUACACAGCGUGUUUAUUCGUGUAUAGUGGUAAAAAACUAAACUCAGUUAAAUUAAAAUCAUGUAAGUAAGUAGUACCAGAGACAACCCAUUGGUUGUCUCUGGUAGUACCUAAUUGAGUACUCAAUAGAUGUUCAUCAUCGCCGAUUGGCAACAUCAGUCCAACAUUAAUUUUUUGUAAUAUUGAAGGUUCAACAUUCAAUAUUGUACAAAUACACCUUUCCGAAUGCAAAGUUCAAUCAAUGACAUCAUCCCUGUCCCGUCCCUGUUUUCCAAUCCUAACCUAACCUAUUCUUUUGAACUUCGCUCCUUUUGAGACCGAGUAAUUUUUGAUCGAUUGACCUUACUUGUUGAAGUAUUAUCAGAAAUUACAUUUUUCAAAGUAUAUUGAGAUUUUCGCUUUAUUGAAGUAUCUCGUUAUCAAUUCGGUAAUGUAUCGUAGAAGUUUAGUGAACUUAACAAAAUUAAUUUAUCAGGACCUGAUCAAGGCCAAAACCGAUAGCAGAUUACCUAUGAGGCCUCUGUCUAAUACAUCUAAUUUAAUUUUACCUACAAUACAAGACUUGAAAUCGAAGGAAACUAAAAAGUUGGGAAUUGACCAUGGCUACAAGCCUGUUCCAACUGAUAGGAGUUACUUGACCAAGUAUCUCCCUAAACAGGAAGACUUGCCUCCUAGAAGUAUGCAGGACAGCUUUUUGGAGGGUACAAUACCACUAUCUUCAAAUGACAUUCUUCAAGAGAAGUACAUCACAUUUUUGGGACAUGUCAGGAUUGGCAGGCUUCUAGAAGAUAUGGACAUUUUUGCAGUUUUGGUUGCCUACAAGCAUAUUUAUGCACCAACAUUGCCAGAUGAUAUUGCUUCUCCAUAUACUCUUGUCACAGCUGCUGUAGAUCAAAUUGACUUUACAGAUUUUGUUCCUAAGCCAAAUGAAGAUAUAAAAUUGUCUGGUCAUGUCAGCUGGGUUGGAAGGUCUUCCAUGGAAGUGGUUGUUUGGCUUGAACAGAUGCAACAUGGUACAUGGCAUAAAAUAACCAGAGCCUUGUUUCUAAUUGCUGCUAGAGAUGCUACUUGCAAAAAAGCUGCAGUUGUCAAUCAGCUUGUUCCUUGCAAUGACUAUGAGAAACAAAUGCUCGAAAGUGGGGUAUCAAGAAAAAACCGAAGGAGGAAGAACAUGCAAGAACAUGUAUCAAAGGUUGUUCCUACAGCAGAAGAACAACAGAUGAUUCAUGACCUUUACAUGUCCACUGUCAAAGAGGACGAUUUAUCUGCAACCAGUACUAAAUUUCCUGGGGGAUUGGUAGCUAUGGAGAAAUGUACAAUCUCUAAUGUGAUUUUUUCCCAUCCUGAAGACAGAAACUUGCACAAUACAGUAUUUGGUGGUUUCAUCAUGAGAAAUGCCACGGAACUAGCUUGGAUCUUAGGUUUUCAGUACAGCAAAUAUCGUCCCUACCUCAGGAGCAUUAGUGAUAUCAGUUUUGACACAGCCAUAGCUGUAAAUUCUUUGAUUCAGAUGGAAGCUGUUGUGAAUUAUUCUCAUCUCAAUUUUUAUCAAAUAAUUGUGUUUGUUAAGGUCUUGGAUCCAGUUAAGGGUCAAGCAUCUAAAACAAAUACUUUCCAUUUCACUUUCGAAUCCCCAGAUAGGGUUAAGCAAGUGUAUCCUAAGAGUUACCAUGAAGCAAUGCUGUAUGUUGAUGGUAAGAGGCAUUUUGAUUUGGUUAUGUCUGGUGACCAUGGAAGUAAGGUAGGGGACCUAAUAGAGAAAUAUAAAUCAAAUUUGGUCAGUAAAUUAUAAGGGAAAAACUAAUUGCACUUUUUAGUGAUAAGCAGUAUUACAAAGAUUUGAGUGGGCUUUAUAUGUGAUGAUAAUUUGUGUUGAAAGAUUGUUGCCACUUUACUCAUAUAGUUCAAUUGUUGUUUCAGGAUUUACACAUCUUUAUUAAUUGAAUGCACAUAUUUUUAUUUUAUGAAUGUAUUUUAUAGUUCCAUAUUAUCUUUAUCAUCUUUAUUAGUUGAAUGCAUAUAUUUUUAUUUUAUGUAUGAAUUUCAUAGUUCCAUAUGAUUUUACUCGAAUUUAAGUACGACCAAAUCACUUUAUUUUAACAUCCACUUUUGACUUUGCCGCCGAUUAUAUUUUUAAAAAUGGAUGAAAAAUAUCAUAUAGCAUCAUCUUACCUAAGAGCAUGGAUAAUAAUGCAACAGGAUCAAAGAUUAUAGAGUUAUAUGAUUUUUGCAACAUUUCGGCGAUUUUGUCUGCCAUCCUAAUGGGGCCUACACUUUUGCACUUGCCGAGGCAAGCAAACAAGCAGUCAACUUUCAUUUGAAUGAGGCAUCCUGUGGGUCUAUGGGAACCUAACCUCAAAAUUAUUCAUAUCUCAGCUCGUUUUACCUAUACUUAGCAAAAAUGGGUGUGGUGGGCGCUGAAGUAAACAGAGGUUUUUAUGAUAUAAAACUUAUUUCUUCAUUGCUUACUCUUCAUAUAACUGCUCCAAUUAGUCAUCCAAAAUUGUGAUUAAAAUUGAGGAUUGAAAAAAUGGGGAUUUUUCCACAUAAGUAAAAAGUGGGAAAAGAAUAUGUGGUGUAUAUUUUUGAUAGAUGGUGUUAAGAGCUCUAUACGAAUAUACAUUUAGAUUUCCUCUAAAAUAGAAUUUGGAGGUUUCUUUCUUGAAUAAGUUGGGGUAGGGGGAAUGUGACGAACGUAUUAGUUUAUUUUUUUCAGCAGCCACUACUACUAUUAGCUACAAAAGAACUUAAUUAAAUGGUUUUAAUUUGUUUGUUCAUUUUUAUUAUAUAAUUGAUCUUAUAUAUGCGAGUUUGAUUUGUUGAUGUUUUGAGAAAAAAUAUAUAUUUUAUUUUGAA